AUGGCUGGCUCGUUAUUAGUUGACACCAAAAAGCAUUUCAGCAAGAUUGUCGGUUUGGACAGCUUAACCGUUAAGAAUGACCUAGACCAUAUAUUAAAGUCGUUGACCGUUGGAGAAGAACUAGUCCAGGUGGCUCAGGAACUGAAGCAAUCGGAUCCGAACCUGAAGUUAUAUAUAAUGUCAAACAUUUCACGAGAGCAUUUUGAGAUUGUCCAACGCGGAGGGCUACCAUGGUCUAUGUUCGACUCUAUCUUUAUAUCAGGGGCUUUGGGGAUGCAAAAACCUGAUAUAGGUUUCUUCCAACGCGUGGUUAGUACCAUUGGAAUCGACCCUAACUGGAUAGUGAUGGUCGAUGAUCGAGCUGCGAAUAUCCGCGCUGCUAGGAGUCUUGGUAUGCAUGGGGUCUUAGUAGACAAGCCACUGGUUGAAAUUAGUCAAAGUUUGCGAAAUCUAUUCCUGAACUCGUCGGAGAAUGCUGAGAGUGUUGGAGAGCACAACAAACAUUUGGAAAUCGAUGUGGUAUAG